AAUAAAAAAAAAGGAGAAAUAAUUGGAAAAUCAAAAACGAGAAAUUAUUAUCAAAUCAAGGAAGCUUCCUCUGCCAACACAAACAGUUUCCCUCGAUCUCUUGCUGCUCUGGAGAAACAGCUUCCUCCAAGGGGAAAAGAGAUCUGUAGUAUUCGUCCGCCGUCUUUGUCAAAUUAUCAGCUGUCACUUGGUCCAAUAUCAUCACCUAACGGCCGGAGCUUUUGCGGGUUUUGUAUGUCACCCUUUUAUUAUAAUCUUUCUCUUUGCUUUGAGUAAAAGUGUUUGCAGUGAGGGGGAGAGGUUGUUUUCAUUGUAUGUGGAGAAAAUGGACGAUGUUGCGGGUUUACAAGAGGCAGCUGGAGCCAGAUUUAGCCAGGUUGAGUUAAUCGGAAGAGGAUCUUUUGGGGAUGUCUAUAAAGCGUUUGAUAAGGAACUCAACAAAGAAGUUGCAAUUAAAGUCAUCGACCUGGAAGAAUCAGAAGAUGAAAUCGAAGAUAUCCAGAAGGAAAUUUCGGUAUUGUCACAAUGUCGUUGCCCGUAUAUUACCGAAUACUAUGGUUCUUACCUUCAUCAGACCAAACUGUGGAUCAUCAUGGAAUAUAUGGCCGGUGGUUCUGUUGCUGAUCUUCUUCAGUCUGGUCAUCCGUUGGAUGAAACAUCAAUCGCUUGUAUCACACGUGAUCUGCUUCAUGCUGUUGAUUAUCUGCAUAGUGAGGGGAAGAUCCACAGAGACAUCAAAGCUGCUAAUAUUUUAUUGACCGAGAAUGGCGAUGUUAAGGUGGCGGACUUUGGUGUGUCUGCACAACUAACACGGACAAUAUCAAGAAGGAAGACUUUUGUAGGAACACCAUUUUGGAUGGCACCGGAAGUGAUUCAGAACUCAGAAGGAUACAAUGAGAAGGCAGAUAUAUGGUCGCUGGGAAUAACAGUUAUCGAGAUGGCAAAAGGAGAACCUCCCCUAGCUGACCUUCAUCCAAUGAGAGUGCUUUUUAUCAUUCCUCGGGAAAAUCCUCCUCAGUUAGAUGAGCACUUUUCCCGUCCACUGAAGGAGUUUGUUUCAUUAUGCUUGAAAAAAGUCCCUGCUGAGAGACCGAGUGCCAAAGAACUUAUUAAACACAGAUUUAUUAAGAAUGCUAAGAAAAGCCCGAAACUUCUUGAGAGGAUAAGAGAGCGACCAAAGUACCAAGUAAAAGAGGAUGAAGAGACUCCUCGGAAUGGUCCUAAAGCUCCAUUUGAAUCAUCCGGUACUGUUAGAGUGGCUAGAGAUGAGAGAAGCCAAGGAACACCUGGAUCUAGUUUUCAGGGGAAAACUGUCAAAAAUGCUGGGUGGGACUUUAGCAUUGGGGCCUCUCAGGGUAUUGGAACAGUUCGUGCUCUAAAACCUCCUCAUGCAAGGGAGAGGCGCCAAGAAGUUCCUUCGAAUCAGACUUCUCAAAGAACAUCAAGAGCUGGUGGUAGUCAGUUGUCACCCACUUCUGGUAUUACAGUUAACGACCAUGAAGACGGCUUCCACGAUGAGGAAGAUUCAUCGGUCAGUGGAUCCGGAACUGUUGUCAUAAGAACCCCAAAACGUUCUCAAUCAUCUUCAAUAUUCCGUGAACAAAUCUCUGCAUCUAGCAGCGGGUAUGCAUCUUUGGAUGAUGCUUCAGCAAGUGGAACUGUUGUUGUCCGUGGACAGCACGAUGACUAUGCGUCACCUCGAACUCCAAAAUCAAGGCUAGGGAAUCAAGAUAGAACUUCGAGUGCCUCAGAAGAUAGCAUCGCAAAUCUCGCCGAGGCAAAGGCAGCACUUGACGCAGGUUUCAGAAGGGGAAAUGCUAGGGAAAGACUUGGGAUGAGGAAUAACAAUAAGGAUGGGAAUGUUAACCGAAGAAGGGAACAGAUGACAGAAGAUUCUGACUAUUCAAGAAAUUCUGGCGAUAAGUCUGGUAAACAAAAAGCACUUCCAAAAUCACAACAAGCGAGUGAUGAAGAAGAAGAAGAAGAAGAAGAAGAAGAAGACCCCAUAUGGGAUUCAUUGCCUGCAUCGUUGUCAGUAUUGCUCAUACCGUCCCUAAAAGAGGCUCUUGGUGACGAUUCAAAAGGAUCCAUAGGACGUGCAUUGUCGAGAUCCCUCGUGGCAAUGGAACGUGAAAACCCUGGCUCUUGUGAAGCUUUUGUUGCCAAGCUGAUUGAACUUUUGGGAAGUUCGAAAGAAGCUUCGGUGAAGGAGUUGCAGGACAUGGCGGUCCGUGUUUUCUCCAAGACAGCGCCCGCUGACGCGGAGAACAAAAGAAAACCAGCUAACAAGGAGUUUAGUUCCAACACAAAUGUUAGCCCACUAGGCAGAUUCUUACUCUCAAGAUGGAUAAGCCAAUCAUCUCGUGAUCUUUAAUCUCCCACCCUGAGACACAACAUAUAUAGAAUCAUUGGUUUGUGUUUUUUUUCUUUCUCAUUUAUGCAUUGAUUUUUUUUUUGCUAUUUAUGUGCAUAACUUGUUUUUAAAAUAUGUAUUUAUAAAUUCCUUAUUUCUUUUUUCGUGGUUUGCCUUUUUGUUAUUGUUUUAGUGAUUUCGUAAUGUUAUUUUCCAUGUUUCGAGGACGAAGCACAUUCUUCCUAGCUGUGUAUAAUCGAGGGGUUGGCCUUGUUGUUGUUAA